GAUUAGGAAAUAAUAAUCUUGCUUGCUUUAUUCCCUGCUGCCAUGUGGCUUAUAAAUAGCCCUAUGGCUAACCAACUUCUCCUAUAAACUCUCAACUAACUCCUAUUUUCUUGGACUUAUCUGCUGCCAACUAACUCUCCACAAUUCUCUCAUCUCAAUCUUAUUCUCUAGCCUUAUCUUUAUUUCUAAAUCUAUCCACUGGUUGUGGCCUCCUCCUGUGCGCGUUCAGCGCGCUCUGCAGCGCGCGCGUGCGUCACGGCGGCGCCUAUAUGUGCGCCCGCACAUGACAGUUACAUAGUGCACUCAAUCGUGCCGUAGUGUUGAACAUGUUGUGCUACAGUGGACGGUAUGCGUGCCCACACCGUUGAGUAUAAUGUAUUAGCUGGUACUUUAUAAUACCUUCGGGUAUGCCUGUCAUCGCAGGCAUGGCUAUAAUGAGAACUUCAACUGCACGUCGUGCAUAGUGGUGCUGGCUCGCCUGAUGCCCUUUGACUACAAUGUUGCCCAUCACAUUAAAUGUGAUGAACAUGAGACUUAUAUCCUUGCUAGGCGCCACAAGGCUGAUGUGGUCAGAGUCGCACAUGGAACCAGAGUCGUCCCACCCGUCGUUCUUGGGGUCAUCUUGCCUGGGACCGUCACGUAGCACCGGGUUCAUACUACCUAUGCCUUUCAUCACAUUAAAUGUGAUGAACAUGAGACUUAUAUCCUUGCUAGGCGCCACAAGGCUGAUGUGGUCAGAGUCGCACAUGGAACCAGAGUCGUCCCACCCGUCGUUCUUGGGGUCAUCUUGCCUGGGACCGUCACGUAGCACCGGGUCCAUACUACCUAUGCCUUUCUGCCUGAGGGUGUGGUCCAUAGUGUGUGGGUGCUGGUCCUACAUGGCCCCGGGACCUGCGCUUCAGGAGCUUGGCUCCCGAGUUGCAGGCCCUACUGAUGCCAAAUUUGCACCAGCUGGGCCCACUACGGGUCUCUCACUUAUGUGGAAUUUCUCGGAGGGCGUUUUGCCACUAUUCGGGGGUAAUCACUGUUAGGCAAUAGAAUAUGCCAUCUGUGGAUAUCCUAGCUGCUAUAGAUAGCAGAUGUAAAUCAGGGAUAGAAUCCUAGCUGCUAUAGAUAGUAGAUGUAAAUCAGGGAUUAGUUGCUAGAUAUAGCAGAUGUAAAUCAGGGGAAUUAUCCCUGCCUUGUAAAGCAGGCCAGCCAGCUCUAUAUAAUAGAAGGUGCCCCCCUCUCAUUGAGGUGUGGCCAAUUGCCCUCAACCCUGUUUCUCUACAUGGUAUCCGAGACCCAGGCAUCGAUCUAAUUUCCCAACCCCCCCCCCCUCACCUUCUCUCCUCCAGCCGCGCCGCCUUAACCAGACCGCGCCGCCUGCCCUCUCCUUCCCCUUCCCUGUGCCAUGAGCACCAUCUCCGAUGCUGCCGAUUCUGCUCCUGUCCUCUGCCCCUUUGCCACCAUCAACAUCAUGCUCCACGUCCCCAUGACCCUGGAGUUGAAACCUUCCAACUACACCAAGUGGUCGACGACGUUUCAGGCCACGUGUGGGAAAUUUGGGCUGCUGCAUCACCUCUCCACCUCGCGCCCCACCGAUGCGGCAUGGGCACAGGCUGACUUCUGCGUCCGCGGAUGGAUGUACAACACCACCUCCGACGCCGUCCUCAACCUCGCCAUGACCGACAGCACCCAGACGGCGAGCGCCCUUUGGAAGGCCAUCGGCGAGGUGUUCCAGGCAAACAAAGCUCCCCGCGCCAUCUUCCUGAAUCACGAGUUUCACUCGAUGACUCAGGGGGACCUGUCCAUUGACGCCUACUGCGUUCGCAUGAAGGAGAAGGCCGACGAACUACGCGACGUUGGGCAGCCCGUAUCUGAGCCCAACCUCGUCCUCAACCUGCUGCGUGGACUUAACGAGGUCUACUCCGGCGUCGCCGACAACAUCGCCGGACAGCAGCCCCUCACCCUCGCCACCGCACGCCAUCAGCUACUCCUCAAAGAGCUGCGGCUGCAGAACGACGAGAAGACGCGUGCUGCUGCUGCCCUCCUAGCUAAUGUUGGUGGUUCGCAGCAGCAGCACCAGCAGGGCGCCCGGCGCCCUAAUACCAAAAAAGGCGGCCACCAGCCCUUCUACAACACCUCUGGUAGCUUCUCCAACAACUCCGGCAACACCAGCACCAACAAACGUGUUCCCUGGGGCUUUAAUCCCUGGAUUGGCGAACGUGUGGCCCCUGGAGAGCGCGUCACCCCUCCUGGACAGCGCCGCCAGGAAGGUUCUGGUGCCCAGGCUGGGCGCACCCUGGGCAUUCUCGGGUCUUCCCCGCAGGCCCACACCGCCUUCGCUCCACUCCAGGCGUCCUCCAGCAGCUCCAACACCUCCACCAGCACCUGGGAUGCAGCAGGCCUCAUCGCUGCCCUGCAAAACAUGCAACUUCAGGGCAACUCGCCCUGGGUUGUUGACUCCGGCGCCUCUACGCACAUGACGUCCUCGGAUGGAUCUCAGGACGGAACGCGUGAUUCUCUGUUGUAACUGCGACGGGGACCUAUACACCAUGCCUGCCUCCACACCUGGCGCUCCACCUCAUGCUCUCCUGGCUACAUCGUCAACUCUCUGGCAUCAACGUCUCGGUCACCCCGCCCCCGCCGUUUUAGAGCGUCUCAAUAAACUUCAUGUUAUUUCCUGUAAUAAAGUACAACACUCCCUAUGUCACUCAUGUCAACUAGGCAAGCAUACGCGUCUACCUUUUAGUUCUUCGCAUUCCAUAACUCAUGCACCCUUUGAACUCGUUCACUGUGAUGUAUGGACUUCACCCAUCAA